GUAUAAAAGAUUGCAUGCUCCAUCUAGACUUUGUUGCUGUGUCUGGAUGAACAACCACAGCUCCACCAUGAAGCAGUGUGUGGUAUUGAUGAUGGUCUUUCUGUGUGUCCGCGGGGCUCCUGUGGACCCGUUGACCCCUGGAUCCUGUAAUGAUGCUGCAGCUAAGGGUGCUGCCGCAGAAGCCUUAAAUCAAAUCAAUCUGGACCGCAAAGAAGGCUACGUGUUCAGCCUUGAUCGUCUCAGUAAUGUCCACCAGAUGAUCCAUGGUGAGAACGGGGUUGUCUUUUAUCUUACUCUUGAUGUUUUGGAGACUAAGUGUCAUGUCUUGAGCAAGAAGAACUGGAAAGACUGUGAAACCUUAAACACUGAACAAUACCCACUGUACGGACAGUGUAAGGCCGUUAUCUACAUGAACAGAGUUCACAGGGUAAACCGCCUGUACAAAUACAACUGCAUUGUGAGGCAAGUGCCUGCCAGCAAAAUUAGAGAACGAUGCCCAGACUGCCCCCCAGAAUUUCCUAAAGAUCAUGAAGAAGUCUUGAAGACUAUGAAGAUGGCCAUGGAGAAAUACAAUAAAGAGAGUGGACUGAGUAACUACUUUGCUCCUCUGAAAGUUACGAGAGCUUCUGCUCAGUAUGAUUUUGGACGAUUCCAUUUUGUGGAGUUCACCAUUCAGGAGACAAACUGCUCAAACAAAACCGAUAUUGCUGACGUCUCUAAAUGUGAAAUGAUGGCGUGUGAGUUUGCGCACAAAGGAUUCUGCAAAGCUUCCCACACUGUUGCAGCUGGUGAGGAAAAUCUUAGUGUUACGUGUGAAAUCUUUGAGCCUGAGGCAUCUGAAGAGGAGAAGAAGAAACACUUGAAGGGGGGAGAACUGGACCACACCCACAACAAAACUGGCUCAUCUCCUGGACAUGCACAUGACCAUGCGCAUGACCAUUCCCACGACCACGCCCAUUCCCAUGACCAUGCCCAUCCCCAUUCCCAUGACCAUGCCCAUCCCCAUUCCCACGUCCAUUCCCAUGACCAUGCCCACGAGCAUGGCCAUUCCCAUGACCAUGCCCAUCCCCAUUCCCAUGACCAUGCCCAUUCCCAUGACCAUGCCCAUCCCCAUGACCAUGACCAUGCCCACAACCAUUCCCAUGACCAUGCCCAUCCCCAUUCCCAUGACCAUGCCCACAACCAUUCCCAUGACCACCACCACCACCAUCACCACCACCCACACAAGCAUGGCAAAGGUCAUGGACACGCACACUCCCAUGAUCACUCUCAUGACCAAGAACACGUUCACACCCACUACGCUAAGGCCCACGAGCACAACAAGGAUGAAUGGGAACACCAGCACCACCAGUAUGGUCACAAAAAAGAUGAGACCCAUGAACAUGACCAUGAGCUGGUCCUGGACCACGACCACAAACACAGACACCUACACGAACAUGAACAUCAUCACCACCAACACGACCAUGACAGCAGAACCAAAGCGAGAAAACCUGAGGGAUCUGUCAAUGUUCUGCCCCCCGUGGAUAAGCCCAUGGUUCUUCCAUCUUUCCCUGACAAGCCUGCUGCGGGACCCGAGAAACCAUCUACCCUCCCUGCUCACCCUGACCCACAGAUUCCAGGACAGAUGGAACCUACCAUCCACCCCUUCCCAAACACUAUAUCCCCUCAGUGUCCCGCAGAGUCCAACAUUCAAAAUUUCAUCCUAAAGCAGGUCUUCAGCGAAGAUCCUCUCUUCAAACCUACCGCGUAGAGCCCUGUGAAUAUUUUAUGUUUGUACAGUGUCAUAAAUAAACAAACACUUGUACACGUAA